AUGGGCUGCGCCGUGAGCACCACCGGCGAGAAGGAGGCCGCCGAGCGGUCCAAGAAGAUCGACAAGGACCUCCGCGCUGAUGGCGAACGCGCCGCCAGCGAGGUCAAGCUCCUGCUGCUCGGUGCUGGGGAGUCUGGCAAAUCUACGAUAGUAAAGCAAAUGAAAAUAAUUCACGAGACCGGCUACAGUAAAGAGGAAUGCGAACAAUACACUCCUGUGGUAUACAGCAACACGAUACAAAGUUUAAUGACGAUAAUCAGGGCCAUGGGGGAUCUUAGAAUCGACUUUGCUGAGCCUAGCAAAGCGGAUAUGGCACGACAAUUUUUCACCCUAGCAUCGGCAGCGGAGGAGGGCGAGCUGACCGGGGAACUAGUGUUAUUAAUGAAGCGAUUAUGGCAGGACCCGGGACUGCAGCUCUGUUUCUCGCGUAGCAGGGAAUACCAGCUCAAUGAUUCGGCAGCGUACUACCUUAACGCACUUGACCGCAUAACGCAACAUAAUUAUGUCCCGACACAGCAGGACGUUCUGCGAACGCGCGUCAAAACCACUGGAAUCGUGGAGACACAUUUUUCUUUCAAGGGCUUACAUUUUAAAAUGUUCGAUGUUGGCGGUCAACGGUCUGAAAGAAAGAAAUGGAUACAUUGCUUCGAAGGCGUCACUGCGAUCAUCUUCUGCGUUGCUCUGAGCGGCUAUGACCUGGUAUUAGCGGAGGACGAGGAGAUGAAUCGCAUGAUAGAGUCGAUGAAGCUGUUCGACUCGAUUUGUAAUAGUAAAUGGUUUGUCGAAACGUCUAUCAUACUGUUCCUGAAUAAAAAAGAUCUGUUCGAAGAAAAGAUCACCAGGAGCCCACUCACUAUCUGCUUCCCGGAAUAUAAAGGCGCCAACACCUACGAGGAGUGCGCCUCUUAUAUUCAGAUGAAAUUCGAAAAUCUGAACAAAAGGAAGGAUCAGAAACAAAUCUACACGCACUUUACGUGCGCAACAGAUACGUCCAAUAUACAGUUUGUGUUCGACGCCGUAACCGACGUAAUAAUCAAGAACAACUUGAAUAAUUGCGGAUUACUGAGUUAAACAUUCCAAUACUCGAUCAGUAAAUUAUCGAAAAAGAAGGGAUAUAUCUUAAUAUGUUGACGACUCAUUAAUCUUCGCGAAUGCAUUAGAGAAUGACGAAGAGACUGAUCGAAAGUUUUAAGAGGAACGUGUCCGUAAAUACGAAUAUAUAUUAUGCGAGGAUUUUAUUUACAUACACAUACACAAACAUACAUUAGGCUUUUGAAAUAUUUUAUCGU